AUUUCCAAUAAUGGCAACAUUAGUUCGAGCAGGUCACGUGACAUUAGUCUGGUUUUGCAAACGGUGAGUGGAGUGCCUUGUCAUCAGUCCUUUGAGUUUUUGGAUGAUUUUCUUUGGAAUUUUUAUUCAAAGUAGUGUAACCAUUCAUUGUGAUGCCGGUGGAUGCUGACCUCAACCGCACAGAAGUGGAGUCGCCCGCUUGUGAGCUGAAGGGACUGCGCACUUGGAAAGACAUUUGUUUGGUACGGAACUCACUCUUCCAACAUCAGGGAGUAGCGGGCGGCGUGCGCGGGCGCCGUCUACCCCUGCGUGCUGCCCGGUCGAUGACUCUCCCAAGUCCGAGCCCAAUGCUAAUGACCUCGACGUCGUGCGCUCUCCAAUCCGAAGAUUCAUAAUUGCAAUAAUUGGUGCACAUUCCGUGGAACAAAAUGGAUUGAAAAAAGGAGAGUUGCAUCCUGAAAGAGGGCCCUCUGCGAUCCUGACAUACAAGGAACAGUAGCAUCUUGGCAAGGAAAGCCACUUACCGCCAGUACAGCAGCUCGGAGAUAAAGUGUCUAAAUUGAAACGUUUAAGUGCACACAACUGUGAUCACUGUGACAGUCUGUGUUACGAAAAUCAAGUGCAAUAUAUAUACUAUUAGUGCAAUCGUACUGUUGACUAGGAGUGAAGUGAUUAGACUUGUUGAAGUAAAGUUUUUGUGGAACAAUGGAGCGUGAAUCGAAUCCAAUGGAGGCUUUGUGCCGCUCGGGGUGCGGCUUCUACGGCAACCCCUCCACAGACGGACUAUGCUCAGUUUGCUUUAAGGAAGCGCUAAAGAAGAAACAGCAGCCCCCAGCGACGACGCCGUCGCCCGUGUCUGCGCCCUUCGUGCCGGCGGCGCCGACGCCGCUCGCCGCCGCCGCGCCCACCGUCCCCGCGCUGCCCACCUUGACGACACUGCCGCAACAGCAGGCGCAUUCAGACAAAUUGGAGGAGGAGAGCGGGGCGGGCACGAGCGGCACCAGCACCGGCACGUCGGACACGGACGCCGACGACAAGGACCCCAGCAAGGACAAAAAGAAAAAGAACAGAUGCGCCGUUUGCCGCAAGAAGGUUGGACUCACAGGGUUCGAGUGCCGCUGCGGAGGCCUGUUCUGCGCGGUGCACCGAUACAGCGACAAGCACGAGUGCUCGUUCGACUACCGGGAGCUGGGCGCGCAGGAGAUCCGCCGCAACAACCCCGUCGUCGUCUCGCAGAAGAUCCACAAGAUAUGAGCGACGACGCCCGAGCGACCCGAUUAUACAUACCUUUUAUGAUUUUCUCUAAAUAAAUAUUCGAUCGAGUUUGUGUUUCUUAUUUGCGUUCGUGUGACUCGACCGGCCACGCCGCGCCUCGGCCUAUAGACUGCCCGACUCGGGGCCUGACGAUUCCAGAGUUUUCUUUGCACAGAGAUAUAUUUUUAGUAUCGCAGUUUUAUUUGUUAUACACGGUUGGAAACGCAGACUCGAUCAUGGUGUAUUUAGAUUUAUUUGUGGCGAGAGUUUUACUUUUAAAAUUUUAUUAAAAGUUGUAGAUAAUGUUCGUUUCGGGUAGGAAUUUCAGGAUUAAUUUUUGAGAUAAUAAGUAGAGUUUUCAAUAUUGUCCAUUCACCUCCAUUGUAAAUAUUAGAUAUAAUUAAUUAUAGAAAGAAAUCCUAUAUAUUGUAAAAAAUUAAAACUCCAAAAAAAGCUACAUUGUUAGGAUUCCAACGGAGAGCAACCGCUGACGUGACGAGAUAACAUUGUACGCUGAGCUCAAUGAGCGGCGCCCCAGUUGGCGGCCGGACUGUGAAUUAACAUCAUCUUGAAAUCGUUAGUACUGUCAUUUUGGUUUGGGAAGUCGUCGCUUUCUUAUCUGUCUAACAUUCGGCAUAAGUGACCCUAGUGUUUAGCGAGAUUGUGGUGUGUAUCGGCGUAGGACUCGCGGUCGAACGGCCGCGCGCGCUCCGCUCUUUGUGUGAAAAUUUAAAGUAAGCAUAUGGAUAGUUAUACAUAUUAUAAGUAGUCGACACUUUAUAUUAUUACACAUUAUAUAAGUAGGAAAGAAUUAUUUAGCUUUUUCUUUUAAUCACAAUAUUAUUCAAAAUUGUAAGUUGUAUUAUGUAACUUGUUCAUUUUAGUGGUGAAGUUGAAACGAUCAUACCUAUGUAUUGCUUCGGUCGACGUCCACAAUAGACUAACUGAUUGGACUUAAUUAUUUAAUGACUUUUGUUGUAUAUUUUGUUAGGUCAUUGAUUAAUUUUGGUCUUUUUGCUUGAUCAUAAUCAGAUAAAGAUGAUGUUAAUAAUGAAUGAUUUUUUUCUAUCUUGCUGUUUUAAUUUAGUUAUUCUUCUAUUAAAGUCAUUAAAUUUUCAGGAACAUAAA